AUCUCAAUGAUAAUGUUCCCCAUCAGUCGAAGGAUGGAGUAGACACUGGAACUAUUCAGUAAUUAUCAUGAAUACAUGUGAUUUUAAUGUGAUAUUGAUUCUCAUGAUUGUUGGGGAUCAGUGCAAUGCAGAAUUGAAGUUUAUUCAAUCAGUUUUCCGUCAUGGAGCCCGUAGUGCUGAUUCAUUGCCAAAUUGGUACCCCAAUGAUCCGUACAGCUCAAAGGACUGGUAUCCUGUGCCUAAUGGUGGCUUGACCAAUAUUGGAAAAAAGGGGUCCUUCGAUCUGGGGAAAUUCUUUCGGACGAGGUAUGGCACGUUCCUGGGAGAUAGCAGACAUCCCGAUGUUGUGAAAUUCUUCAGCAGUCACGUGGACAGAACUAAAACAUCUGGACAGCUAGUGGCCGCUGGACUCUACCCACCGCAGUUUCACGAAAAGUGGAACAGUGAUCUCGACUGGCAACCCAUUCCGAUUCAGUCAGCUCCAUCCAUGGAGGAGGCUUGGUUUUAUUUCUCUUCGGUGGGGGUCUGCAGUAAUUACAUGAAGCAACAGAAGCUUGCAGAGACGACAAAUCCCAUUAUGAUAAAAUAUCUCGAGGACAAUAAAGAGUUCUUUCAGAAUAUUUCACGACACGCUGGGACCAAUGGAACGUAUGAGCUUGCUUAUAUCGUUUAUGUCACUAUAAAUUCCGAGAUUGAAAUGGGCCUCACUGCCCCUCAAUGGACUGAAGGUCUCAUGGCCAAGGGCAAACUAAAAGAUAAUGCUGAACAUGUUUUUAAUUUACGAGGGAUUAAUGACGACUUGAAGAAAAUUAGCGCAGGUGUUUGGCUAAAAAUGUGGCUGGAGAACAUCGAGCAGUUUGUGUCCGGUAGAACCCCCAGGAGAAAGGCAUUAUUCUGGUCAGGACACGAUCAGAAUGUCGGAGAUUUACUCGUCGCCAUGGGAAGUUUCGAUGAACCUCAUGUUCCACCUUACAACAGUGCUGUAAUACUCGAGCUGCAUCACGUCAAUGCCAAAUAUUUCGUCAAGGCCCUGUAUAAACGACAUUCUUAUAUUGAGCCGCUGUACAUUUCCGGUUGCAACGGUUUUUUAUGUCCACUGGAAAAAUUUAAAGAGAAAUUCGCUGCAAUUAUACCAGAGGACCCGAGAAAAAUGUGCGGGGAAUUGUUGUGAUUCAGCAAUUGAAAUGAAUGAGUAAAAUUUUUCAAUGAAUAUUACAGAAACUUCUACUGUCUCAGAUUGAUUUGUAAAUAGAAUUCAAUACGUCAAUUUUAUUAUUCAAUCAAGAACCUUAAAAAAAUAAAUAAUCCCCAUAUUAUCUCCA